AUGUCGGUAGCACGCGUAGCCUUCUCUCUGGCCAGACGUGUGCCUUUCAAAUCAGCUCGAAUUGCCCCUAGAGCUUUCUCAACUGUCCAAGCUCGCCGAGAAAAAUGGGACCCUAAACCGGGUGAAUCAAAGGGCCAAUUACUGCCUUUUGAGGAAAUCAAAUCCGACAAGGACCUCCUCCCCCCGGGUGCCGAACCUGGUACUGUUCCCACCGAUCUCGAACAAGCAACAGGUCUAGAACGUUUGGAAAUUCUCGGGAAGAUGCAGGGUAUUGAUAUUUUCGACAUGUCGCCACUUCCAUCAGACAGGACAGGAACCUUCGAGAACCCUAUUGUGAUCAAGUCUGCAGGCGAGGAGAUUCAGGCGGGCUGUACGGGGUCUCCUGCAGAUUCUCACGUUGUGAGGUGGUGUGUUCUAUCACGUGAUCGACCUUUCGAGCGUUGCGACGAGUGCGGCAGUGUCUACAGAAUGGACUACGUCGGCCCAGCGGACGACCCGCAUGAUCAUGGCCAUGGUCACCACGGAUACGAAGAGCCCAAGACGAUGGCAGACUUUGUCAAGCCUGAGUACUGGUACAGAUAA